AUGGAUAGGAACACACCAUUACAGUUGACACCGUCCUUCACCGUGAAAGCUUUAACUCAUCUGUGUUCCCCAUAUUUGCUUCUCUCCUCACAGUCUUCCCACCGCUGCUCCAUCAUGUGGCAUCCCAUCUCGUGGACACCACGUGCCCAGUGGUCACCCAGGCACUUCAGGCUGGUCACUAUCUAUGUGCUGGUGCUCUUGGUGUCACUCAGCUUCGCUUCAGGACAGAGCCGGCCAUUUAAACAUCAGAUCGACAACAGAAGUCCCGAGAUCGAUCCUUUCUGGUACGUGGGCCGUGGUGUUCGCCCCAUCGGUCGGUUUGGGAAGAGGCAGCUGAGGAGCAGCCGUGGCAGCCUGAGGCCCGGGAGCAGGCACCUGGAUUUCAUCUUGAAUGCUUUGUGGGAGCAAAAAGUGUCGGACACAGAAGACAGUGACUGGUGA